UCUUAAUAGGGCAAAAACGGGCACAUUUCCCCAUUCAAUUUUAUAAAUGGAUUGUAGUAUUGAUUAAAUUGUUAUGAUUAGAUAUUGUUAUUUUUGUGACUACAUAUUACGCAUCUCUCACCUGAUUUUUUUACGAAUUCCCCAUAUCUCCGUGCAAUUAUUUGAAAGCUGUCUUUAUUAUGGUUGAGGAACGUCAAAUGCGGGAUGAAUGGUUGCUACGUAUACUGUAGUAAACAAUUACAGUUAUGUUUCUUUACGAUGAAGCGUUCAUUUUUGACAUUUUUUAUGACAACAAUGACUUUAAUUGUUCUGGUGUGAAUUUGGUUAUUUUCAGUGGUGUGUAUGAAGUAUGGCGAAGGGGAGCAAAUCUCCACGAAUUUGAAGGGAUCACGUGAACCCAUAGCAUCUAUUUCAGCAAACUUUAGUAACAAUAUAGUUGAACAAAAGAAUCAGCUCAAUCAUAACGUAUUCAUAUAAUUGACAUUCUCCUGUAAUUCUGUAUCCGAAAGUAGAGUAUGUAGUGGGUGAUUUUAUCAAUUUUAUAAAAGUUUGAAAAUUUGAAAAAUAAAUCUUCUUCAGUUCUUCUGAGACUUUUUUUAAAUCGGUAAAAAUUCGGUUACACAAAAGUCCAAUUUCUUUUUUCUGUGUUAAUGAAAUUUAUGUUUAGAUAAAACUACGCAACUUUAUAGUAUAUUCGAUUAAUGUAUUCUGAUCCGGCUUUGAGUUACAAUGAUGGGAUCAAGUCUCCCCGGGGAUCAAGUCUCCACAGUCACCCCUAACUUUCUCGCAAAAGAAAUCAAACUGGCUCACAGUGUCCGCUGGGAGUGGGCGUAAAUUACAAUAAAAGCAACGGUUCUUUUCAGGACCAAUCAAUUGUGUUCUAGUGAGAGUUAAACUGAAACUCAUUUUAAGAUGUGUAACAAAUUUUCAACAAGCAACAUAAUACGUUGUGUGGAAAGAAAUAGCUUGCACACAGAACAAAAAUUUAAAUUAUCCUCUCGCUCGUUUCGUGCACUGCUUUUCCAUUUCUUUCUGCUGCUAUUAUCAGUAUAAUCAAAACGAAUGUGCGUGUUCCCUCACCAUCCCUCUAGUGAUCAGUGUUGCUUCAAUUGCAUGUGUUUAAGAGAAACGUCUAAGUCGCACACUCAAAAAAAUAUUCUCGUUAGAGUUAUGUGGAAAAUCCUAUACAUUUGAAUUUUGCUUUAUCCGCUUUGUUCUACGUGAUCUAGAUAAGUUAUAUAAGAUUGUCCGGUGCAUGCUAGAUGACUCCCUCGUAUCAUUUACGUGAUUUACAGAUAUAUAGUCGUUACGUGAAAUUCCUGUGUGAAAUAAUUUCUAAAGCCAUCAACAUGGACGCUUUGCUUGCCGAUUUGGAGCUACCAGAAAGUCUGCUCAAUAUUUUAUUGAAACAAUGCGAUCUUGGAAUAUUCGAGCUUUGUACAUUCGACGUUGAAGAAUUUCGAGAAUUUCUCGAGCCAACCGGAGUGAGUUGGUGUUACGAAAAUCUUUAUCAAAAGAUAGCGGCUUGGAGAAAACGAAAUCGAUCACGCAUUACAGAACUUUUAAGCGGUGCGGUUUUAGAAGGGAAAACGCACCCUUCACCAAGUGCCGCAGCAAAAGACUAUGAACUCGCAGUAGCUGAGGUAUUCAGCGAAAACGAACAGGAAGCCAUUUUUUCGAGUUCCUUGAAGCAGGAGCAGUUAGCGGUUGUUCCAGUCUUAGAGUGUCAAAAACAAUACAAGUUAGAGUAUACUCCCGGACGCUCGUCUGAUAUUGGACAACUGAUUGCGACGUCCAAUACAAACCAGUUUGUCGUCGGAAAAAUAUUAUCUGAAGCCAAUUCGCAACGUUCAGGCCUAGAAGAACUUAGAUUCCAGCAGGGCAUUGAGCAGCCGGGAGAAGAUUCGCGAGAGUACUCCCCCUUCAGGUCCAGAUCUGAAUCCAGUGAUCGUGAAAAUGAACCCUAUCAAGAGUGUAUCGACCUUCCACAAUCGUUGCAAAAGGAACGUUCGGUAGAUCUCGAUGCGGAAGACUUCAGUCAGAACGACGAUAGGACGGAGCCCGCGUCGGAGCUGUUCACCCCUAAGUUCUUACUAAAGUUACUCGAGCAGACCGAGACGGGUAAAGAUAUUUUGGAGCGAGCAAAAUUGGGUGAGCUGUCCGAUGCGAAACAAUUACAAUUGGCAGGAAUAAUCGCUCGCCAUCACCUUACAUUGAAAAAGAAACUCAGCUCCGAGGAUUUACAAACAUACAGUUUAGCUGUUAUCACGUUAUUUAAAUCGGAAAGAAAAGAGAACUACUAUCUACCACGUGGUGGAGAUCGGAAGAACCCUGGUGGAAAAAUUGCGAACAAGAUUGGGAAUCUAAAGCAAAGUAAGAGGAAGAGUGACUUAAAAGAAGACCAGCACGCUAAGCAAUUAAAAUUCAGUGCGGAUGCUUCUAUCCAACAUCCAGGUCUGAGUGAUGCGGCAAAAUGGUUAAUGCUUAACCAGCAGCCUUGGUCAGCAGUUUUGGACAGAUGGGCGGCCAGUUACAGCAAUCGAAAGCAAUAUCUCCGCAACUCGAAAUCGGUGCCGAAGUUGUUAAAAGAUUUUCCGCAUUAUGCAAACACAUUUGGUUAUCAAUUGAUUGAUGCAGAUUUUGAGCAGCUUUUUGAUGACGCGCCCAACGGUUUGGAAACCUUAAAAAGUAUCAUCCCGAAUUUGGAAAUUUAUAUUGAGAAGAAAUCCGUCGACCCAUCAGCGGUUGGAUUACUUGAAUACCUCAAGAGUUCCAGUGAAGAUACAAGAGUGUGUAGUUUACUACUACUGCUAAAUACCGUAUUACCGCCAAUAUCCGCAGGCACAAGAUAUAAGCCGACCAUCUACGUUGCCCAGUGCGACACAGUUAUUUUUGCCAAGGAUGAAGAAGAGAUCAAAUCGAAAGUAGCUAGCGUGAAUGCUGAGUACAGUGAACGAGGUCUACCAAUAGUACCAAAGUUGGUUUUCAUUGGAAGUGGGCCGAAUGAUCUCGGAGGUCGGUAUUUCGUCAAGUUUGCUGAACUGCAAUACGAACUUUCAUCGGCGGCCAGAGCAACGGACGUACUCAUUAAGUUGACAGCUGUAUUUGGAACACCAUACUCGAGGCUCUCGAAGUUAAUUUGGCACUUUCUCACUGGUGUCGUGUACAGUAUCCCACAACGAGAAUCCUACGCGAGUAUUAACAAAUUGCGCAACUUUUUGUCCACAAAACUACCGCCUAAGCUAUCAACAUGAUCAAUUGCAUGCUAACCGACUGUGAACAAAUAUUUUCAAAUGUAUUUGACUAUCUUCAGCAUCUCAAAGACUUGCAUCAGGUUCCCACAAAUUUUUGUUAUCGAUGUACAGUAGGGCCAUGCAAUCAAAUAUUUUCAAAGUUAUAUCCAUUUAAAAAACAUAUAAUGCGUCACCAGCAAGAUCUUUCUAUUAAUUUGAAAUUCGUUAAAAAUAGUCAAACAGUACCAGUCACACCACCUGAAUUACAGUUAUUACAGUCGCAUCCAACAAAAAAAUUCAAAUCAAAUACUGAAGAACUAGAGACAGGCUUAUGUACAAAUAGUUUAGAUAAUAUUGAAAAAUCUGCGCUCAAUUUUACGUUAAAUUUGCACGCGAAAAGUAAUAUUACUCGGAAAGACGUGUAUUCAGUUCAGAACGAAGUAACGUUGCUGCUAACACAACUUGCCAACCACAUUGAGAGCUUGAAUAUAACUACAUUAGAUUCAGAAAACGAUUUUUUCUUUAGAAGUACAAUUAAUAGGAUGAAAACUAUGUUUAAAGGAAUAAAUUCAGAUUUCACGCUCUUCAAAUACUUAAAAAAUGUUACUGGCAUACAGCUACCAUCGAUUAUUACAGUGGAAAGGUUAGAGAAAAAUAUUGCCACGAUAAUUGAUGUGGAAAUCGACACAGACAUAAAUAAAAAUUUUCUUGUACUCAUACCUAUUGCGAAUCAAAUAAGGGCAUUUUUUGAAUGUGAAGAUAUAUUUGAACGCACAGUAGAAAAUCAGGCACUUUUGGAAAAAUCAACAUCGAUUACAAAUUUUGUGAAAGGAUCAUUAUGGCGCAACAUAAGAGAAAAAUACUGCAAUGAUAUUAUAAUUCCCGUUUGGCUUUACUCCGACGAAUUUGAGAUAAACGAUUCACAAAGCUCUCACAACAAUCGACAUUCGGUUUGCGGAAUAUAUUAUAGCUUCCCUACAAUCCCAGAUGAAUACUCUGCAAAAUUAAGAAACAUCUUUGUCGCUGGAAUGCUGAAAAAAAUUGACAUCAAAGACGUGGGAAUAAACAAUCUAAUUACACCAUUAAUAGAAGAAUUUAAAAAAAAUAGAAAUUGACGGUAUAGAACUAAACAUACAUAGUGAUAUCGUACUCGUUAAAUUUGUUCUAUGUCUGUUGCAAGGCGAUAAUUUAGGCAUACAUGCCAUGCUUUUAUUAUCUAGUGGCUUCAAUGCGACAUUCUAUUGUCGCUUCUGUAGAAGACCAAAAGAAUUACUGAAAACAGAUAUUAAGAACAUCCAGAUUGUUUCCGUCGACGAGUAGACUAUAAUGAAGAUAUUGAUAUUGAUAGGCAUUGUGACACCGGUAUCACAGGUUGGUCAUUAUUUAAUGAUUUACCAUUUUUUCAUGCUAUGGAAAAUAGAAGCGUUGAUGCUAUGCAUGAUCUAUUCAGUGCGGGAAUUUGUAAAUAUGGAUUGGUUAAGGUAUUAGAUUACUGCAUAUAUUAAAAAAAAUAUUUUACUCUAAGAGAUUUAAACAUACGUAAGAAAGAAGUUGGACAAGUAUCUUUGGAUAACGAACUUACAAGAAUGCCUGACAUUACAGAUUUAUACAUUAGUAAAGAAAGACGAAAAUCAGUUUCACUCAGAAUGACAUCUAAUGAAACGCGUAUAUUUUGUCACUUUUUCACAUUAUUAGUAGGUCAAUAUAUACCACAAGGUGAUCCUGUUUGGCAUUAUGCUUUGAAGUUAGUGUCGCUGGUUGAUUUAUGCUUAAAGCGUUCAUUCUCAGCAGAAGAAAUUGAACGGCUAAGAGAGUUAAUUACCUGCCAUCACUCUUUGUAUAUAAAACUUUUCAAGAAAGAUCUUAAACCAAAACACCACUUCGUCUUACAUUACCCAAGCAUAAUAUUAUCUUCAGGACCAAUACAAAAUAUAAUGUGCUUUCGCAAUGAAGCUAAGCAUAAAGGUUUCAAACAGUACGCUCAUGCAAUAACAUCAAGGAAAAACGUUUGCUAUACGCUGUGUGGUAAAUCCUAUUUGCAAUUCUCGAACGAUUUUCUUAACAAGAGCUUUUUCGAACAGGAUGAUCAAAGUAGUUUUCGUGUGUGCGAUAUUAGAUGUCGUAAUUAUUUUCAUAAAAUUAUUCAGCCACUAAAAAUUGAUACUAACUAUACUGUAAUGCUUUCAAGUUCUAUUAUUCACAAAGGGAAUAAUUAUAAAUCAGGUAUGUUUGUUGUAGAAUGUUCUUUCAAUGUCCCCGUUUUAUACGAGAUAAUUGAAAUGUUGUACAUAGUCAAUAACUUACACUUAAUUCUACAGGUCUGGGUUCUUAUAAUGAACAUUAUUUAGCUUACGAAACAACCGGUUGUACAGAUAUCGUUGACAUUUUAAGUAUUGACUUUAUCACUAGACCUCCGUUUAUGAUUCAUAUAGUUAAUGACAAAACCAUUGGAAGAAAACAAAUGUUUAGAAUUAAGAAUGAUUUCUGUAAUAAAUUGUCGUAAAAUA